GCCGCCUCCUCCUCCUCCUCCUCCUCCUCCUCCGCCGCCGCCGUCGCCGCCGCCUCCGCGGCAGCCCCACGAGCCGCCCCGAUGCAGGCCAUCAAGUGUGUGGUGGUAGGAGACGGAGCUGUAGGUAAAACUUGCCUACUGAUCAGUUACACGACCAAUGCCUUUCCUGGAGAAUAUAUCCCUACUGUCUUUGACAACUAUUCUGCCAAUGUUAUGGUAGAUGGAAAACCUGUGAAUUUGGGUUUAUGGGACACAGCAGGCCAGGAAGACUAUGACCGAUUACGUCCUUUAUCCUAUCCGCAAACAGUUGGAGGCACGUAUGGUAAGGAUAUAACCUCCAGGGUGAAAGACGAACCAAUCGCUGAUGUUUUCUUAAUUUGCUUUUCCCUUGUGAGUCCUGCAUCAUUUGAAAAUGUCCGUGCAAAGUGGUAUCCUGAAGUGCGACACCAUUGUCCUAACACUCCCAUAAUUCUAGUGGGCACUAAACUUGACCUUAGAGAUGAUAAAGACACGAUUGAGAAACUAAAGGAGAAGAAGCUGACUCCAAUAACCUACCCACAGGGCUUAGCCAUGGCAAAGGAGAUUGGUGCUGUGAAGUAUCUGGAAUGUUCAGCACUCACACAGCGAGGCCUCAAGACAGUGUUUGAUGAAGCUAUUAGAGCGGUUCUUUGCCCACCCCCUGUCAAGAAAAGGAAGAGAAAAUGUCUGCUGUUGUAAAUGUUACAGCCCUGCCCUAUUCCCCUUUGAACCUUUGUAAGCUUUGCUUAAACAGUGGAGCAUUCACUCAAUGCCAAGUUUUUGUUAUAAAUUAGUUUCUUUCCAUAAAACCUUCUGAACCAAUCAAUAAUUUCAUGGUUUUGUUUAAAGUGUUAGAGAAUGAUUUUUUUUUCACAUUCUAUUACAACUAAACCCUAAAAAAGACAAGCCUACUUAAAGCCUUAUUUUUCAAAAGCCCUGUUCUUGCUCAGAUUAAGUGUUGCCAAAAUAUCCACUGAACUAAGUUGCAUUGUUGUGCUAUGAACACUAAGCACUAAACUGUGUUUUAAAGACCUUUGUCUUUGAGAAGACUGUUUUAAUUUCUGAUAGUAGGAAAUGCAAAAACACUUUCUAACUCAUUUUUCAGAUAUGUAAAACAGUACAGUAUACUUAGUGAAAAUGUUUAAUGCAUUGAAUAAUUUAUCAACCCAUGUUCAUUAUAUAACAUUGUACUGUAUAUCAGAAUGGAAUGUGUAUAACCAAACUAUAGUCUUUGGAUCAAUCUUUUGCUUUCACAGUAAAGAUUCUUUCAAGAAUCAAACUCUUGCUGUGAUUUCAAACAGAAGUCCCAUGUGUGUUUUUGUUAAUGGAGUAUUCUCUUUAACAGCAAUGUUUUUGGGUUGGAUUAUUUGAAAUAUUUGGUUUCACCAUGGAAUAAAGACAGUAUUUUGACAUACUCUGGAACCUAGGAUUAAUUUACACUACAUUGUAUACUGAAGAGUGGAAAACUGAAUAAAUUUUGUCACGGGUAAAAAGUUUAAAAAUCAUAACCGUUAACAUCUGUCAAAUGCAGUAGAUAAGAAAGGUUGAUGUUCUUGGUAAGUGUUUUGUUUCUAAGCUUUUCUUUUUUCUUCUUUUUCCCUUCCCCCAAGUAGGGCAUUCAUUUAAUACAACUCUGAACUGGUCAUUCCCACAGUUGUGAACUUAAGUAAAUGCUUUUUUCAUCAAACCCUUUCUUACUGAGCAAUAUUACUCUACUUGUAUUUUAAAAAUCUUUCUCAUUAUGUAUUAGAACUUUGCAUUUUUGUAGUUUAGAAAAAGCGCAUUCUUUUCAUGUUACCUUUGUUUUAACUACUUUCUUUAGUCUUCGCUAGUAACUAGGUGUAAAAAUCAUGUGAUUCAGCUUUACAAAACUUUUUUUUAAUAUACUUUAGCUAUUAAAAUAUGAACCUUCUUAAACAUCACUGUAUUGCCAGGUUACCAACACUGUAACACUACUAAUGUCGACCCUGUUCUUGACCUCACUUACAUGUACACAUGCUUUCUAUUGCUUUUCCUAGUAACGUGACCUCGGGCCUGUGAGGUUCUGUCAGCUUAGUGCUAAUGCUAACAAUGUUCUGUACAUCCUAAACACUGGCAAGAAUAUACAAUAUUGAACUACAACCUUUCAACCACUAGAACAAAAUUUUGAAGAUGCAAAAGUUGCAAAAUUGUGGAGUGUUUUUACAUUGAUCUUUUGCUAAUGCAAUUAGCAGUAUGUUUUGCAUGUAUGACUUAAUAAAUCCUUGAAUCACGUUACUGGUAA